GCGCCGUCGUCCGCAUCGGGAGCGAGGACUGGUGCGGCGCUGGCGGGGAGCUGCUGAACUGGGCGGCCAACCACCGCAGGGACCUCGACGGCUGCGUCGUCGUCUUCGCCGCGGUCGACGGGAGGGCCGUGGCCGCCGUGGCCCUGCGCGACGAG